UGAUUGGCUGGAGGAGGGCCGGCUGAUACAUUGUAGCACUGUCCACGUUCUGAGCGGCGGGUGGCCCCCAGCGGAGAGGAGCUGCUCGCGGGGUCCCCUCACUGACAUCGGGACGGGCGGCAGAGUGAGCGGGGCCCUCUCUGAAGUGAAACAUGGAGAUGUGUGAAGACAUGGUCAUUGAUCUCAACGUGGUGAACAUGAGGAAGCGGCAGUGUAUGGACGCGGUUCUGGACCAUCCGCUCAGUAAGCGUACAUGCCAAGGGUUGGAAAGUUUUUCAAAUGCAAAUGGAGUUUUGCUGAGUGACUAUGACAUGGUGUACUGGCAGGCGGAGGUCAAAGAACCUGCAAAUGGGUUUGUGCCUAAGGAUGGAGUACAGCAGAGCUGUAUGCCCCCACAAAAUCCUCAAAAUGUAACCCCCCAAAUUUGCCCAAGAUGUAUUGCUGGAGAAUCGGGCCACAUCAACCACAUAUUGGGACUCUAGAGCUUCAGGCGAACGGAGGACUCCAUGUGCUAUAUUUUAUAAUCCUGCUUGCCGCCAAACACUCCUCUGUAAAAUGAUGUCCAUAGAGGAGGAUCUUCAUUUUUACAAGACCUGCUGUGAUUAAUCGUACAGUACCUGAACUGUAGAAACUCCCACCGACUCGCCUGCCGCCACUUCCGCUCCAUCGUCUCCAUCCAAGUUGUCCUGUUUUAUUCCAUGUGAAUUAUGGAGACAUUACCAUCCAGGUCCUUGCCUGACAUUUGAGGAGCAAUUCCCAGAGUCUAGACUAAAGUAACCCUUCUAAUGCCGGGACAUAAUUAGUUCUUUUAAUAUUUCAUGAUGGCUUCUGUCCAGUCACGGAAUAUGCUCUGUUGUGUUUUUUUUUUUUUUACUUUACCCUUUUGAGCGCUGCUAACCCGUAUUAGUGGGUUUUUUCAAUUCAAAGUUUACAAAAAAAAAUUUAAACGCCUUAUUACAGGAGCACUGAAUAUUACAUGUCCCCCUGUUCAUCCUAAGCUUCCUGGUUCCUGCAUAUAAUACUAGUAAUAUAAACUGCUUAAAAAAAUAACUUGCAAAGAAAGGACUUCACCUUCUUGCCUCCAAAAACGUUAUCAAAAAUGCACUAAAAAUUGCCGGUGUGAUUCCUGCCCAAUAGUAAUCCCACUAAAUAGAAUAUUAAGACUUCAUGUGAACACACAACUCAGGGGCUUAUUUUACCUUCUACUUUAAGGGGGUUAAUGUUCUUUAAAGACGACUCAUCCACUCAUUUAUUUUAUAUUUUUUUAUUUAGUGAAUAUUUUUUAUAUUUUUUUUGGUAUGCCUGUAUCAUUCCUCUGUUAUUCCUCUUGGAAAUGUAUAAAUAAACUGACAACUGCCUGUUGCCAUUUCCCCUUGUUUAUGGGGCUUAGCCCUACGCAUAUUCUGAUCUUGUCCAAUGAAUUAUGACGGUAUCAGACUGUGUAAAGACACGCGUUAUUGACAGAGGGAACUGCGACACCCAUUUGACAGUGUAUUCCUGCAUUUCCAGGCGGAAUAACAGAGGGAUGCAAAGCUCUGGAAAAGAUGCCCUAUAAUUGUUUUAUAGGGACAUACAUGUAUUUACUAAUAGAGAAAUAUCUGAUAGAACUGAUCAUUUUAAUCUUAUUUAAAUUAAAAUGGGAAGCCACUUUAAUUGUAAUAGAAAUUUAGGUCAAGCACCACUUACAGGGAAUGUAGUUUUUUGUGUUGAACCUGUUUGCUUUAACACUUUUUGAUAAUUUUUACUUUCCAUAUCUGUACAUACUUGCCAACAUUUCAUUUGGUAAAAUCGGUACCUCGAGACCCUGCCCCUUGGAACGCCCUGAAACACCCACUUAAAGGUGGGGUUUGAGUUGGCCCCACCCACAUUUAGCCCAGGACAGUGCAAAUUUGCCGGUAUUGUCUCUGAAAAUCGGGGAGAAUGCUACCAAAUAUGGGACAGUUGGCAACUAUGGGGCACAUUUAUUAAGACCGGCGUUUUUAGAUGGAGAUCUUAAACCCCUAAGCUGACCGUGGUUCUGCCGAAUUUGUGAAGAGGCGUAGAAAAUAGUCAAUGAGACGUGCCUGCCGGCCUGUCCCCUCCCACUUUAUUAGAACUGGCAUGAGCGGGGAAAAGUUGCUGAUUGCGGCACAAGUAACUGUCGCGCCGCAAUCUGCGCAUUAAAUACGUCUAAUAUAGGCCUGUUUCAGCUUCAUAAAUGACCCCCUAAGAAAUCCUAAAACAGCACAAUGUUAGUUUUUUAGAUAGAUAUAUACGGACGAGGACAACUAAAACAAAUACAAGCAAAAAAAAAUAAAAAAAAACUUUCACAUAAAAACCUGACUUAAACGCUAGGUCCUUUUCUGGUGACCCAUUUCUGCAUUUUUUUAAAUCUGAUUUAUGAGGCAUGAACAUGUGUUUGCAGUAAAGGAAAAAAAACAACUAGCUCCAGAUUUUAUCUGACGGUUUGUGGGCAAGGGCUCAUUCAGACGGCCGUAUGUUUGUUUGUGUUUGUUUAGUUUUUUGCGGUCCGUAAAAAUGAAGUUCUGUUUUUUUGUGGACAGUUCAGUCUGUCUGCAAAAAAACUGAAUGUGUACGGUAUGCAUUCCGUUUUUUUGCGGAUCCAUAGACUUGAAUGGGGCCACGGAGCCGAGUUUUACUGACAAACAUAGGACACGCUCUAUCUUUUUUGCGGCGCCGUAGAAUGGAACAAGGGAUGUGACUGCACACUGAGUGUUGUCCACAUCUUUUGCGGUCCCAUUGAAAUGAAUGGGUCUGUACCCGUUCCGCAAAAAUGCGUAACAAAACAUACGGCCGUCUGAAUGAGCCCUAAAUGAAAUGCGUGCACACGCUGGGCCGGUAUAGUGUGUGCCAACAAAUACCUCCAUCAUAUGUGCCAGGAGCUUUUGCAGCGUAAGCACUGUAUGUGAACAGACCCGUGUCUCCUACUCUUUUAUACAGACCCUAUGCAGACCAUAAGAACCACUGACGAGUGUUUUUUUAAUUUUUAUAAUGUGUUUUUUAACUAUUAACAUGCUGAUGCUUACUGUUUUACAACUUUUGUAGAAUUGAUGGAAUGUAUUUUAAAGGUUUAAACCCCCCCCCCCCCCCCCCCCCGAUUGUGUAAACCAGUGACCCCCAACCUUUGGCUGUCCUGUGGUAUAGUUGGGGGCCACUGGUACGAAAGUGGUCAUUUUCUUGCAGAGUUUUUUUAUGUUAAAGAUGCCUAAUUUGUACAUUUGUUUUAAUGUAUAAAAAAUCCUUUUAGAUUGUCUGAGGAAUGUAUGCCAAAUAAUAUCCAAACCACUAGGGUUCAAUAAAAUGGCCUUUUUAUUUUGUA